UUUAAAAAUGAACUGCCGAGCCGCUUUGAGAACAUUAAGAUUUCAGCUUCUACCUCGGCCCAACACCGUUCGGUUUUCCUCAGCUCCAAGAGACUUGAGACACUCCACCCGUGUCGGACGAGAUUUUGGAUUCGAGGAAAAGGUUCGCAACAAUUUACGUCUCAUGACGAAGUUUAAUCUGUGUAUAGUGAUAUGACAUUUAUAUAUGUGUGUGUGUAUGGAAGAUACACUUUUUUAAGUGAGACACUCGUUUUUUCUUGAUUGUGGCUGCGCAUUCUUAUCCGCAAAAUUCAGCGACAAUAACAUUGUCAUAGUACGGGAUCUUUGCUUAAAAAAAAAAAGAUCAUCCAGAAUAGUGGCUAUUUUUAACAGUUUCUUCGUCAUCAAUGUAGCAAGACAAUUUAUUCCGCUCCAUUUGGAAAUGAUCGAUUUCUUUCGAAAUGUUCAUACAUGUUUUGAAAAAUUUAAAAAAGGAAGGAAGUCUCUAUAUCUUCUAGGUUCCUGCCCACAUGACGGAUGUUUAAAAAAAAACUUAUUUGCAUAUGAAAUUAAAACAGUAUAUCUCCACAGACUUCUGAAAUGUUUUUGUCGUGGUCCAGACCUAGGAAGUCGUUCUUUUAUAAACUUCUUCAUUACGGAAACAAAUCAUGUUUUUUAGGUAUUUUUUUCACUCACUAACUAUCCAUUUUGUUUCUUCAGUUUCCGAUCCCAAACAAAGGAUACUUUUUCGUAAAUUAAGGAAAUAUUUCCUAAUGAAUUGGGUUAAUCAUUCGAGAUUAAGCAAGAUUAAGCACUCUUUUGUGGUCUUAAAUUAAUGUCAUUAAUGAGACUUAUUUGAUAAAUUAAGUUUGGUAAUCCUCUUAAAAUGAAUUUCAAAUUUUAUGAAAGUUUCAUAAGAAAACGUAAUUAUCACCGGUGCGAUCUGGACUAUUCUAAUAUCCAUCAGUUCCAAAGACUUGCUACGAGUACGAUAAUGAAAAUAAUUCUUCGUGAGAUAAAGUAGACGGAGAGCAAAUGAAUUUGAAUCUCUCAUGCAAUAAAUCAUUAGUGAAAGAGAAACCUCGGACUUCUAGAUGAUGUUUCAGUUAUUUACUCUAUUUCUCUAUCAGUAAAUAACUUAAAUGAACAGCCAGCCGGUAGAAUGCUUUUCAAGAAGGAUAAAAUCUCUGCGAAUAAUCAUCUCAAGGCGUUAUUUCGGAACGACUGCGAGAACGUCUGAUUAAAGGCGAGCGAACGGUUGCAAUUUCACAACGAACAAUCAUAGAAAACACUUGAAAGUUCUAAAUUCGAAAAAUUAAUGGGAGAGAUUUUUCUUGACAUUGGUUGCUUUAAUUCAGGGUUGAAGCUCAGCAAAUGGUACCCUCCCAGAGGAACAUCAGGAACAAUGACAUUUCAUUUAUCUUCUCAAACAUUUGAAAACCGAAGCGAACAUCACUUCGUGCUUAUAAAAUCGCUAUUUUAAUCCUUAAAUUCGAGUCAGCUGGUCCUUUCUGUUUCACUUACAGUCAACAAUUGUUAUUAUUUUACAGAGGCAACUAAAAGUUUAAUUAAUUUUCAACCUUGCACAAUGGUAUUCAAAAGAAAAGCAAACAACGUUGUUUUCGAAAGUUCUUCACGAGCAAGUUAUGUUGGUUUUUCCGUUUGGCUGAGGCGUUACGUAGACUUGAGUUGAAAAAUAAAUAUUUUUUCACAAAGCUGAUUUUUCCACGAGAGCACUUUUACGAUAAGUAAUAGCAUUAUUUCAUCGAAGAAAGGUUAAUUAAGCACGAAAGGAAAAAGAAGAAGUAACGGAUUUAUUUAUCUGUUUCCUGUACAUUGUAGAAAUAUUACAACUUAUUUAUUCAAAAAAUGAACUUCGCUCGGAGGAAUAACGAGCCAUCGACGAUUAAGAAUUUUUGCACAUUCUGGAAGCAAAAAAGUAAUAGGGGAAAUGAACUUUUCUCUGAUAAAAAUAACAAUAUGAAUCUAGAUUUCUGCGUAAAUUUAGAUUUCUGUGUAAAAUUUUCUGCUCGUGUACGUCAUAGGAAGCGUGUGGGCUUGGAUAACUUAUGUCGAAUUGCACAAUCGAUGAACCAGAUUUCAUUUGAUCGAGUUGGAACAAUGUCACCAAAGUGAAAAAAGAAAGGGAAAUUACAGAGACCUACAACUGAGUUAUAUGACCGCCAACAGCUUGAAAACUAGUGCAGUUUUUGAUUUCUCCAAUUCCCUUUACAUCGACCUGUAACAAUACUUUUAGUAUGAAAAUUUGCGCACUAAAUGAAUUGUUCGCAAUUUCCUCAGCAUGUGAUGUAAUUGUUCGCAAAGAAAGUCAAUUUCCUGAGAGGUUCGUUCAAAAUUGAUGCUAACUGGAUGUAAAUAAUGUGUAAACGAGGUUUACCAUAAAAGCCGCUUUCUUUUAUUCUUUGUUAAUUCUUUGAAGCUUAGAAAACGUUGACAAAAAAAACUAUCGUCACCAACAGGGCAUAGUUUUUAGAAGGCUACAAAAUAAAAGUGCGUUGCUCCGCUGUUGAAACGCACUUUAGUUCCGCUUUGAUGAUAGGCAGCUUACCAGCCAAUUUUGCAAGUUUCUCUCAGGCUCCAUCUUUGUUAAGCUAGAAGCUUUUCAUAUCCCUUAGAGGUGAGAUUUUUUCUAAUUUUUAAACGAGGUGCAGAUGCUAGGCUGUGUUGGUGCAUGUUGUAGAAUAGCAAGUAGUCAUGUCUUAUCAUGCCGGAUUCCAGUCCGUCUGCGAGAAGAAUCUUUCAACAUGUGAAUAUGAUUUCACUUAAUUUCAGAAAAUUAACUCUAAGACAUUCCGUUAAUCGUUCAGUUCUACUUGAUGAAAAGCGGUUGUAAUCCAAUGAGAUUCAGAGUAAGCGCCCAUAGUUUUUCCGUUCCAAUUUUCCUGUUCCACCACCCUGAUCCGGUGUGAAACUACAAACAGAGAACUAAUUUCUCAAAAAUACUGUUGAGCAGUAUUUUCACAUGAAUCUGACGUGAAGUAAGAAUCGUAGAGCAUAAGUGAAGCCGAAAUUCAAUGUCUUAUCAUUACACAGUAAUCGUUGCAAGAUGCGUUUUCCGUUGUUUACAAUAGUGAACAAAAUUGGUAGCGAACGUCCUCAUUAGAAAACUUAUGUCCACAAGACUACAUGAACAGAAUAUCCGAAAAUGAAAGAAGAUAUUAUUCAGUGAAUUACAUAGGCAUACUCGGAGAAAAGAACUACGACCUUCCGAUCAGUACUUCGGAUGCUCUUCCACUGAGCUAUAGAGGAAUCCUGGCGGGUUAGGCCGUUGAACUAUUCCAUGCUGACAAAGUUCCUGCAUACUGCUGGGAUAGGAAUGUCAAUAUGAGACGUCUAUGUUCAAUGAUGAUGUGAAUGAUGAAAAUAUCAGAAUAUGUUGCAAGGAAAUUCAUUUCGGCUAUUUAAUUCCAGCAAAGCUGCUGAACAAGCCGUCUAUCUUAGCCGUCAAUUUAUUUUCAAUUUACUUCCCAAUCAUUUUUUUAAGUGUGUACGACAUACAUGUAGGUCUACUAGUUGAGUGCGCACAGAUUCUUGACUGAAAAAACCUAUAGCAAGGAACCAUUUUGCUGGCAGACCAGACGAAUAGCCUCACUCAACCUAUCUCGGAAGUUUUACUGUUUGCUCAGUUACUGAACAGAGAGCAUUCCUAUCUUAAUUGAAUCGCUCAACUUAUAUGCUUGAAACUCAUUGCGAUAUGGUUCUUCAAGUGCGCUGUCCUAAAUAAUGUUUGUAUCGUUAGCGAUCAGUAACCCAGUUGAUGAAGGCUUCGUAAAAUAAAUGAACAAUGUGUAACCAAGUUGAAAACUACUCUCUGGGAAAAAAGCGAGCUUGGAAUAAAAGACCUUAACGAGUCAGCCCUUGAAAAAGGCGAAAGAAAAUAUUGAAAAACAAAUAGACCAUCAGGAUAUAAGCACGCUGAUAAACUAGGUUCCUAAAGUGGAUGUAGAAUUCAGGAUCAGAAAAUUAUUUUUGUCUUUUUUUCAAUUUUUCCUUUCGUAAUCAACGAAAUUAAUUAUUAGAAAUGAAGCAGAACGAAUAUUUUUAACCUAAAUAUGCGCCAACAGAACAAUGAAUUAAUCACAAUACAAUCAACUGCAGUCGAACCUGCACUGAGCGGCGACAUACUAAGCGGUCACCCUGUAUGUAGCGCUCACCUUCUCCUACGCGGUCGUUUGUUAAAGAAAAAUAUUUGUUCCCCUUUAAUCACUUUAACUGUCACCUCUAUUAAGCGGUCGUAGUCGCGAGUCCAAACGGCGUGUUUGUAUUGUCUCACACCUGUUUUAAACGGACACUAAAGCGGAACCACUCAAAUAAAACUAACAACAAUCUUUGAAGUAAAAUUUAAUCCAUAUAUCUCCCGCAAAAUUAACAUUCUUAGAAUUUUGAGCAAGAUUUUUAAUAUAAAUGGUUAAUUAUUGGCACAAAGUGACGUUUUUAUCGUUUUGCAUCUUACCCCUUUUAUGCGUAACCUGCAUUAAGCGCCAAUCCCCGUGGGUGACCGUUUAAUACAGUUAUGACUGUAGUAUGUCUAGCCAAGAGAAUAUUGAUAGUCUCUUGGUUUAGCUUUUUUUAACUCUUUCCUUUUAAAACAUGAGAGACCAGUUAUCAUUGUGCGGUGCAGAGGAUUUUUGGGACAUGGUUUUCAGGGGGGACGUAUGGGAAACAGUCGUCGAUAACAGAGUAUAAGGGGGAGUGGAUAAAAGAAAAUUAUCCCAUUUUCCUCCUUUAGAAACCUUGCUCGGGAGCAAGGUUUUCUGAUGGGGUCAACUAUCCAGUUAGUGCAUUGUUGUAGUGUAGAAAAAAUAUAUUUAAACCUUAAAUUUCAAAUGAGGUAAAUUUUAUUGUGAAACUAAAAAGUCCCCCGACCCUUCCCCCUUACCCCCUUCCCCUCUUUCCCUUUUACCCCCCCCCCGUCCCUUUCUGUAAUAAAAUAUGCUUUAAAACGGAAGAAAAUAAAAUGCAGAAGAAAUUGUGUGCACAUUUUUAAAUGAAAUUCUUGCGAUACUUACUGAAAUGAAGUGGAAAUUGUCUUUUCUUAGAUGAACGACAUACUCAAAAUCUUGAUGCUCCUGAUGAUUGCUGCCAGCACGAUGGCACAGGAUGCCUCACAAAGCGAUAGUAUUGCGGUGAAUCACAGUGAACCACAGGACACCGCACAACAGAGUGACUUGGCUUCAGCAAUCAACAAACAACAUCCUAGCAGAUUGGAACCGUGUUUUCCACUUUGCUUUCCGGACUACGGCAAGCGAGAAUAUCUAGUUGGAGAAAGGGCUGAAAAAGACUUGUUGAACACAAACAAAAGAUCCCUGUUUAAACAAGUCAAAGGUUUCAUUCCACAGUUUAUAUGGAAAACUUUCAAACGAGAACAAGCAUUAGAAGCAAUUAAAAAGAGUGGAAUUCAUUAACCUCCACUGGGAAGCAGGCAAAUAUAG